AUGGCAUCAACAAAUUGUUCGAAAUAUGAAAACAAUCGUUUGUCAUUUUAUUCUCUAUUAAAUAUUCAAACAUUACUGACACGAUCAAAACAACAAAUAAUAAAUAGUCUGAAGGAUGAAUAUAUAAAAUGGAGAGAAGAUUCUAAAAUAACACAAAGAAAAUUAGAAAAUGAUAUAACAUAUUUUGGUGCAUCUGCACCACGAAGAUGCGAUGCAAAAUUAGCUUUAGAAUAUGGUGCCGAUGGAAUUGUGGUCAGUAAUCAUCAUGGCCGUCAGGUGGAUAGUGGACUAUCAGCAAUUGAAUGUUUGAAAGAUAUUGUAGGAUUUGUUAAUGGUCGUUGUGAAGUAUUUGUUGAUAGUGGCAUACGAACUGGAACAGAUGUUUUGAAAUGUUUAGCUUUGGGUGCUAAAGGUGUUCUUGUUGGCCGUCCUAUUUUGUAUGGUCUGGCAUACGGAGGCCAUAAUGGUGUGGAAGCCCUACUUAAUUUAUUAAAAUAG